AUGCAUCAGCCUCGAGGAGUUGGAUUUGGAAGAACUUAUCUUUUGGAAGGACAAUUGGACCUCGUUGGGUCCCCUCUUGGAUAUCACAGGAGAGUUGGGUCAUCGAAUCUAAGGGCUUCACCAGGAGGCUACGUGAAUUUGCAUCCGGAUGCAGGAAAUGAUAUAUAUCUAUGGAAGAUUGGUGAUGGUGUGGCCUUGGAUACCUUCUCUACCUCAAAGACUUGGUCUUAUUUGAACCCUCUUGGACCAAGAGUGACAUGGUAUGAGGCAGUUUGGUUCAAAGGAAGGAUUCCUAGGCAUGCUUUUAUUGUGUGGCUCAAUUCUAGGCACAGGCUGCAUACAAGGGAUCGGCUUCGUAGCUGGGGUCUAGUGGUGCCUCCUAUAUGUCUACUUUGCAAUACACAUGAUGAGUCUUGCCAGCAUCUCUUCUUUGAUUGUGUUUACUCCUCUGAGAUUUGGCUUUACUUCACGACACGAGCCCAUGUUUCUCCUACUGUCUUGUUUGAGGAUGGAAUUACAUGGCUGAAGAAUCCUUGUCAGGAUGAGAACACAGCUCUGAUUCUUCGUUUAGCGUGUCAAGCAUCGGUGUACAUACUCUGGAAGGAACGCAACUCUCUCAUUCAUACCAAUACAUUCAUCACGGCUCCUACUCGGCUUCUUGAAGUGAAAAGUAUCAUUCGGUGUCACUUGGAUCCUCUGUCGAGAGCUCAACGAAUUUCAUCCCCAUCAGACUCCUUUUUAGUUACCUGGUGUAACUCUUUUAGGAGGCACCAGUUUGUAAAAGGGUUCCAACCGUCUUCUAUUAAGAUUAAUGAAGGCUGUGCCAAAUUUUGA